CGGAUAAAGCACCAGGAAACUAACUAAACUCUAACAACCAGACAUUUGAAAGCUCUCAUCAAUAACGGCCAAUAAUGGCCUCAAUAUUCAGCAUUAGCUUUGCUAGUUCCCCCAUUGGAGCUCAAUUCAACAGGCCCAAAUUCGUUAAACCCAAGACUUACGUAAACCCAAUUCGUUGUGCUGGUAGACUUGAAUGGGACCCUGAUGGCUUAUUGGGUCCACCCCAAACGGGUCAUAUAGCCCGACUGGAGUUCACGAGACGCCUUGAGAAUGACGCUGCGGCUAGAGAAGAAUUUGAACGGCAAGUCCGUGAAGAAAAAGAGCGUCGCAGAGUUCUUCGUGAGUCACGAGUGAUUCCGGAUACAGUGGAAGGGCUUGUGGAGUUUUUUCUUGACACUGAAGCCCGAGAGAUUGAGUUUGAGAUUGCAAGAAUGAGACCACGAUUGAACAAAGAAUUUUUUGACCAUCUGCAAGUCGAACUUGGAAAGCUGCGCUUUUCUGUAAACAAAACUCAGGAAGUGGAAGACAGAUUAGUUGAACUGGAAGCACUGCAAAAGGCCUUGCUGGAAGCAACAGAAGCAUAUGAUAAAUUGCAAGCAGAUCUUGUAGCAACAAAGAAGAACUUAACCGAGAUUUUGACGUCAAAGGAUGUCAAGGCUACUCUAUUGGAUUUGGUUGAGAGGAAUGAGCUGAACAGACCCUUGUUGACUCUUCUUGAUGAAAACAUUGCAACUGCACAUAGUGUUAACCAGAAACAAGCAGCUGAAUACAUGGAAAAGCUGAGGGGACUUGUUCUGAAGUACCUAACGGUAUAGGUUUCAUCUAAAACUAUUCAAAUGCUUUUCUCAAUUUUAUACAGAGAAAUGGUGAGAAUUUCUGGUUUGUUUAUAUUCUAGUAAUGUAGUAUACUACAAAAUUUUGUAGGAAUACUUAGAAUGAAUCCCUUGUAAUAAUAAGAAGAAAGUAUCCCCAUCAUUUGUGAAAACCACAGUGGAAAGAAUGAGUAACCAUUCAAGUGAAAA